AUGGAAGGAAACCGAUGUUGGUGGCAGUUUUUGGAGCUGAAACUCGUUCGCGGUCAAUUUCGUUCUGUGCAACGAGUGGAUGCGCAUGGCGCUUGUUGCGUCGACGAGCACCAGGGGCUGCUAGCGAGGGAGUACGCCGAGGAGUGCCAUCGAAAGAAGAACAUGCUGCCGGAUGAGAGCGCCUUCUACCGCCGGCAGCUCACGAUGCCCCCGGAAGAAAGAGCCUACAAUCUCUAUAAGAAGGUGAUCCCCAUCGCACCUUCCAUUCUAUCAUGUUCCAAUGAUAUGGGGUCAGGUUGUUCGUCAGCCGAGGUUAAGGUACGCACGGGCGAAUGUGGCAAAAGCACCAUCCUGAAGCAAAUGCAAAUCCUCCACAGCAAAGGUUUCGCCCAAAAUGAAUUGGCCGAGAAGAGACAGGACGUUUAUAGCAAUAUUAUUGUAGGUAUGGCAACGAUAAUACGUGCCCUAGACAAGUUCAUCUACCAAUUGGCCGAUCAGGAUCGGGAGAUGGACGCCAGGCGGAUAUUAGCAGUAGCCGAAAGCGAGAAAAGUGAUCACAGCUUCACACCCGAAGUUUUAAUGGCCCUCCAUAAUCUCUGGAAAGACCCUGCCAUCCAAAAAGCCUUCUCGCGACGCUCAGAAUUCCAAAUCGGCGACAGUUUCCGGCAUUUCAUGGAUGAUUUUGAUCGAAUCGCUACGCCGAGCUACGUGCCGACGGUUGAUGAUUUUCUCCAUAUCCGGGUGCCAACUACAGGGGUUGUCCAGGUGCACAUCACCAUUCAGAAGUGCAUAUUCAGGGUUUUCGACGUGGGUGGACAGAGGUCAGAACGGCGAAAGUGGAUCCAUCAUUUUGAUGAUGUCAAUGCGGUCAUCUACAUUUGUGCUGUUAAUGAAUAUGAUCAGACAUUAAUGGAAGACAAUCGAACGAAUCGACUGCAAGAAUCGAUGGAUCUUUUCGAGACGGUGUGCAAUAGUCGAUGGUUCAAACGGGCGUCAAUGAUUCUGUUUCUCAACAAAAAGGAUCUCUUCCAAGACAAGAUCAAGCUCGUCCCCCUCACUGCCUAUUUCCGCCGCUAUAAAGGGCUAAACACGUACGAGGAGGGGAUGGCCUUUUUCGAGAAGGAAUUCAUCGAAAUGAACGCCUUCAAACGGCACCGACGGCUGUACGUUCAUCAGACAUGUGCCACUGAUACCACACAGGUGCAGUUCGUGAUCGAUUCAGUGAUCGACACCGUCAUCGGCAAAAAUCUACGCGGCGCCGGGAUUGAA